UUUUAUUUCAUUUUCAUUCUAGGCGUGAAACAACGACAAGAAAGUCUCGACUGGAGGAUUUCAAGUUGAAACAAUAGUUGAAAUAAGGUAAACUACUUGUAGACUGAAAGUCCUGUCAAUAUGGUGUCCUAUAAAAUAUCCGUUAAAACUGGAGACAGAAAGGGAGCUGGGACUGAUGCCAAUGUGUGUAUAAUACUGCACGGAAAAGGUACCCAGACAAGCAAGUACAACCUUGAUCAUUUCUUUAAAAAUGAUUUUGAAAGAGGCAGCGUUGAUAACUAUUCAGUUGAUUCUGAUGUCAACAUACCCGAAGUUCAAAGAAUCGAGCUAUGGCGAGACAAUAAUGGUUUGCUGAGCAGCUGGUAUUUAGAUUGGAUCGAGGUAACUAAUGUGGCAACUAACAUCACGUCUAUAUUCCCUGCUAUGAAGUGGAUCAAAGCAGACAAUCAUUACCUUUUCAAACACAUAGACACAUGCCUACCACAAGAUGAUCCUUUCAAACAAAAGAGAAUGCUUGAAUUACAGACUAUACGGAAAGACUAUCAGUUACAAGUGAAAUCGCCUGGACUACCUGCUCAGAUUAAAGAACUACCAGAUGAUGAAACUUUUUCAUUCGAUUAUCAAUUCAACAUUGGAAUGAAGACAAAAAUAUAUACAGAAGAAAGUAAGAGAUUAAUUAUGGCCAAUGGUUACAAUUGGAAGGAUGUAGAGGACGUCAAGACUGUGUAUACGCCAGUCUUUGGUGUUCCAGAGAAUUCAGAAUAUUUCAAUGAUGACGCAGAUUUUGGGCGACAGAGACUUGCAAGUUUGAAUUCUUUACUCAUCACCCUGUGCACAGCAAUCCCAGAAAAGUUUGGAGUGACUUACGAAAUGGUUAAGCCAUUUUUGGAAGGCAAGACUAUAGAACAAGCCAUGGAAGAAAAAAGACUAUUCAUUAUUGACUUAGCGAUCUUAGAAGGAUGCCCUGCAAAGACAGAGGACAUUUUUAUAACUUGCCCUUUUGCCUUGUUUUAUUUCAACAAUGCCAACCAUCUUAUGCCGAUAGCUAUACAGUUAUUUCAGCAAAUAGGAACGGAUAACCCAGUCUUCUUACCAUCAGAUCCAGUGUACACGUGGAUGUUGGCAAAGCUGUGGUACAAUCAGGCUGAAGCUACAUACCAUCAAGCUCUUACUCAUUUGAAUUUCACCCAUUUCAUGAUGGAAGGAAUAUGUGUUGCGACAAAGAGAAACCUUUCACCAUCACAUCCUAUUUUCAGAUUACUUAAUCCUCAUUUUAUCUACCUGAUUGCUAUAGAUUUCCUUGGUCUUGGUGUCUUGGUCAACCCAGGAGGUUACUUUGACAAAACUUCAAAUGGUGGAAUUAAUGCUGCCUUCUACUUAAUGAAGAAGAGUAUGGAUUUCUGGAGACUGGAUUUACAUGGAACUUUACCAGAAAAUUUAAAGAGCAGAGGGGUUCUUGAACAGUCUGUUUUAACUGAUGCCUAUCAGAUGAGGGAUGAUGCGCUUCUCCUUUAUGACGCCAUCAAAAAUUACGUUCAGAAAUAUGUGACUCACUACUAUUCCGAAAAAGGUUCACUGAAGGCCGACUAUGAAAUACAGAACUGGGGCGCAGAAAUUGUAAAGUCAAGAGAUGAUGGUGGUGUAGGAAUUUUGGGAGUUCCAAAUGACGGCAAAUUUGAAACAACUGACCAGCUAGUGGUGACGUUGACAGCCAUUAUAUAUACAUGUAGCGUUGCCCAUGCUGCAGCCAACUUCCAACAGUAUGACGAGUACGCAGCUCCUUUUAGAUUCCCGUUUACUAUGCAUGGAGUUCCUCCUAAGGAUAAGAGUCCAGUAGAGAUUGAAACCAUAUUGAAGUCUAUUGCUAACCGAGCUGAGCUUCUCGGGUUAAUGUCGAUCACAAAAGUACUUAGUGAGAAGGCAACACAAAGUCUUGGUGAUUUUGAAAAGCAGUUGAUUGUAGAUCCACCGGCAGUGAAACUUGUAAAUGAAUUUCGACAAAGCCUAAGGAAUGUUGGUGAAACAAUUGACGAGCGCAACAAAAUAAGAGAAAAUCCAUACGACUGGCUUCAUCCAACAGCAAUACCGAACUCCAUUAGCAUUUGAAGUUUCUGUCUGCGUUAUGCUAACUGAACACUAUCUACAACAUAUUAGAUUAUAUUUUUUAGUAUCAGAUUAUAUUUUUAAUGUGGUCUUUAACUAUAUGAUUUAUCUGAAAUGUGUUAUAAUAUGAUUGGCACAAUAUAUCCUACUUGUAGCAGAAUAAAAAAUGAACAUAACACUUUA